AUGUUGGACAUGGGCGAUAGGAAAGAAGUGAAAAUGCUGCCCAAGUCGUCCUUCAGCAUCAACAGCCUGGUCCCCGAAGCCGUCCAGAGCGACAACAACCACAGCCACCACCACCAUAACAACCACCACCCGCACCACCACCACCACCACCACCACCACCACCAUCAUCAUGGCCAGCAGCAGCAGCAGCCGCCCCAGAGGGCGACCCCGGAUGAGGACGACGACGAGGAAGAGAAGAAUCAGCUCCUGCUGCAGCCUCCCGGGGUGGGGGUCGGCGUGGCCGCGGCCACUGCCGCUGCCUCUGGCGCCGCCACCACCUCUGGCCCCUUGGAGGUGUCCAAGGGGGACCUCUUGGGAGGCAAAGGGGAGCCCGGCUCGGCAGGCGAGCUGGACGACAACAAGGAGAAAGGUCCGGCGUCCGAGGAGAAAAAGGGCCCGUCGGAAGGGGCCAAGGACGGCGGCAGCGACGGCGGGGGCAAGGAAGGCGAGAAGAAGAACGGCAAAUACGAGAAGCCGCCCUUCAGCUAUAACGCGCUCAUCAUGAUGGCUAUCCGGCAGAGCCCCGAGAAGCGCCUGACCCUCAACGGCAUCUACGAGUUCAUCAUGAAGAACUUCCCUUACUACCGGGAGAACAAACAGGGCUGGCAGAACUCCAUCCGCCACAACCUCUCACUCAAUAAGUGCUUCGUCAAGGUGCCCCGGCACUACGACGACCCGGGCAAAGGCAACUACUGGAUGUUGGACCCUUCCAGCGACGACGUCUUCAUCGGAGGCACCACGGGCAAGCUCAGGCGGCGCUCCACCACCUCGCGGGCCAAGCUGGCCUUCAAGCGGGGCGCCCGCCUCACCUCCACAGGCCUGACCUUCAUGGACAGGGCGGGCUCCUUGUACUGGCCCAUGUCGCCUUUCCUGUCCCUACACCACCCGCGGGCCAGCAGCACUUUGAGCUACAACGGGACCACGUCGGCUUACCCCAGCCACCCCAUGCCCUACAGCUCCGUCUUGACUCAGAACUCCUUGGGAAACAAUCACUCCUUUUCCACGUCCAACGGCCUGAGCGUGGAUAGACUCGUCAACGGCGAGAUCCCCUACGCCACCCACCACCUCACGGCUGCCGCGCUGGCUGCCUCGGUGCCCUGCGGCUUGUCCGUGCCCUGCUCCGGCACCUAUUCCCUCAACCCCUGCUCCGUCAACCUUCUGGCGGCGGGACAGACCAGUUACUUUUUCCCCCACGUCCCGCACCCGUCCAUGACUUCGCAGAGCAGCACCUCGAUGACGGGGCGGGCCGCCUCGUCGUCCACUUCGCCGCAGGCGCCCUCCACUCUCCCCUGCGAGUCCCUCAGACCAUCCUUGCCCAGUUUUACCACGGGACUGUCGGGUGGACUUUCUGAUUAUUUCACACAUCAAAAUCAGGGUUCUUCCUCCAACCCGUUAAUACAUUAA